AUGUCUAUUAUACAUGAUUAUAAUCGCAUUGCAAAUCUAAGAGACGCCCAAACAAAAGCGGAGGCCCUCUUCCGCCAUAUUGAACGACGCAUCAUUCGAGUUGGUAUCAGCGAGAAAGUCUUGAGCCGCGAAGUGUACGAUUUUGGCGAAAGGGAAUUUGGAAUCAAGAAGUAUUGGCACAAACGCAUUGUCAGGAGCGGGCCUAACACUCUCCUGCCGUAUGCCGAUAGUCCACCGGACCGAAUCAUUCAAGAAGACGACAUACUGAUCGUUGACCUGGGACCUGUCUUUGAAUCCUAUGAAGCCGACUUCGCACGAACCUUCGUUUUAGGAAAUGACCCGCUAAAGAUAAAGCUCCGAGAUGAUCUUGAGCCUAUCUGGAGUACGGUUCGCGAAUAUUUCCUCGAGAAUAUACACAUCUCGGGCGAGCAGUUGUACACAGUCGCCGUCAGAGAGGCGACCAGGAGAGGUUGGGAAUUUGGUGCCCCUCUUGCCGGCCAUUUAAUUGGCAAUUUCCCACACGAGAGGAUCCCCAAGGAUCAAAUCAACCUUUACAUUACCGAAGGAAAUGAUAGACCUAUGAACAGUCUGGGGGCAGAUGGUCAUAGGCGUCACUGGAUCCUUGAGAUCUACCUCCAUGAUCAUGAACAUAAGAUUGGAGGCUUUUUCGAGCAGCUUCUGACAGACGAUGAUCGAUACGUUUUCUCGGAGCUGCCCUCGGAUCGUUCCAAUAUCGGCCUUGCGAAGAUAGCCGGUAUGGAAGAAGACUUGGAACUGAGCUCAAACCAAUACUAUAUAGCUGUGGUUGUCUGGGUGAUCGGUUAUACCGCCGCGGCAGUUCCAUCUAAAACUCGGCCGUCAUACUUCAUCCCCAUCAUCACCUUUGGAUGGGGUACGGUAGCAGCCUUACUGGGAGUUGUGUCUAACAGCACCCAACUGACUGUUUUACGAUUGCUUCUGGGAAUUUUUGAGGGCGGGUUUAGUCCAGCAGUAAUUUUCCUGAUAUCGAUAUGGUAUCGAAAGUGUGAACAGUCGAAGCGGUUUAUUAUUUUCCUUUCUGCCGGUAUUUUAUCUGGCGCCUUUGGGGGUGUCGUUUCGGGGUCUAUAACUUCGACGUUGGAUGGUGUUCAUGGGAUUCAAGGAUGGAGAUGGCUAUUCAUCGUUGAAGGUAUCACCACAGUCGGAGUAAGCGUUCUUUCGCAUUGGACCUUACUUGACUACCCACAUAAUAGUCGAGGACUAAACCAGGCAGAGCGUGAUCUUGCACAGAGACGAAUGCUUCAUGACGGGAUAGCAGAGACGCACGCCAAUUCGGAAACGCCAACCACAAGAACUUCUGUGUUCAUUUGCUUGCUAGAAGCACUGUCCAACUGGAGGACCUGGCUUCUUGUUCCCGGGUAUAUGUCCAUUCUUGGUGCAUUAGCUUUGUCAUACUUUUACCCGACGUUGGUUGAAGGCAUGGGGUAUUCUUCAACAAACGCCCAAUACAUGACCGCUCCGCUUUAUCUUGUUUCGCCUUUUGUCGCAGUGCCAGUCUGCUACUUUGCCGAUCGCAAGCCUCAUUUGAGAGGUACCAUUCUGGUGCUGAAUUUGAUAGUGGGCAUGGUAUUUUUCGCAUUGACGGCAGCUAUUCAACACUACACAGCAAGGUAUAUCUUCCUUUGUGUCACAAAUAUUACAAUAUGGACUGGAAAUGCUCUCGCUCUUUCCUUUGCGACUACUGCGCUGGCAUCGGUUAAUCAAGACGUGAGGGCAAUAAUGUUAGCCACGAUGAAUGGAUUUGGAGCACUCGCUCAGCUGUAUGGUAGUGCCUUAUUUCCAGAGAAAGAUGGGCCUCAAUACGUUGUUGCAUUUUCUGUCUUCGCUGGAACUUUUGCCGCCGGAGCAAUAUUUUAUGGAUUGGCAGAUACGUUAUUUAAACGAUAUCCAUAG